AAAUGGCGGUAGUUUUGAGAAUGCUAUGAAAUAAGAAAGGAGAAAUAUAAUGGAUACUGAUGAUGAAACAAGUAAAGUCACAGCUAAAUCAGCUGGUGAUGAAUAUGAAACACAAUUAUUAGGAUUUACACCUCCAUCUUUUAGUAAUGGAAUUUUUAACGCAUUUAACCAGUAUAUGUCUGAUGGGCUUGGUGCUAUGAAGGAAAUGAUUCUGAAAGAGUACAGUGAUGUUAUAACAGAAAAAGAAGUACAUAAAGAAAUGAGAGACAUACAAGAAUCUAUAGAAAAUGAAUUUGAUAACAUUUUUGACCAUUUUGAGUGCUAUACAUUUAAUAAUGUAUUAAAAAUCCCAGCUCAUGUUGUAUUACCUGAAGAUAAGAUACAAGAAGAAGAAUUAGUAAGAGAAAAACUAGAGGAUGAGAUUUUAGAUUUACAAGAACAAGUUCAAGCUAUUCAGUUUGCCAAUUGUAGUUUAGGAGAGGAGUUAGAGUUGGCUGAUAAAACCCAGGCUGAAUUAGAUAAAUUGUUAAAUCAUUUAGAAGAAAGUGAUGCCUUAUUUUCAGAUGAUUUGAAGGAGAAUGCAUCAACUUGUUUAGAUGAGAUAGAAAAAUUAGCUCAUGUUAUUAAAACUACUUGAAGGUAGAAAAAAAAAACUGUAAAAGACUUCAAACAGGAAUAGAAUAGACUACAGAAUCUUUAGUCUUUCUAAUUAAAGUGAAUGUUUACAAUAUAUUUAUACCUUUAUUUCAUAUAUACAAAAUAGUGCUGACAGUGACAACAACAAAUAAUGUGACUCUUGAUAUAUAAUACAUUAAAAAUACUAUAAACUCUGAAGAUCCUAGUGCCCCUUUGGUGCAGAACCUCAAGAAAAUUUGAAUCAAUAUUUUCAUCGAUAACUGUUCCAUGUGUUUUUAAGUAUAAUGUAAAAAAAAAAUUAUGUUAAUUUCCUGAACUUGCAUUUUUUUAACAUUAUUGCCUGUAACCCAAGCAGAGAAUGAAAUGUAUUGUAGAGUUAAAAUUGUUUGUUCAUAUAGGUACAUUUAAAAUGUACCAGUUUACAUAAUUCUUGGUAUAUAUACAUUUUUUAAUUUCAAAGAUGAAUAUAGAUUAAAACUUCAAUAAUUGUUUAACUUAUUAUUUAGCAGACAUUUAUUAGACCUUGAAAAUGUCAAAAAAGAUUGAAAGAAUAGCUUCUAUUCAAAUAAAGCUAUCUGUGCAUAUCUGAGGUCUAUCUAUUUCAUAUUUGGUUAUACAUACAUAUAACAUACAUAAAGUUCAUGUAGCAUAAUAUUUUCCACAAAACAAAAUAGACUUGUUUAUGUUUCAACAUGUUCCAAGAAAAGAUUAUCUACAAGCCCAGCAUUUUUUGUUACCAUGUCAUAAGUGAUUGAUAACUCAAACCCAAUCAACUGCAUUGAACAAACAAUAACCAAUUAAAUAUUUCUUGUAUAAUAUAAG